AGCACGUGGGGCCAGCCCAGCUGGGGACUCUGAGCAACUGAGCCACACCACCGUCAGAGUGACCUUGCUGAUGAUGUAGGACAGAUGAGGCUGGACACCCGAGGAAUUGAGGCUCAUACUGAAUAAAAUCCUCUGGACCACUGCAGCCAACAAUCUGCUUCCUGCUAAUUCCUUGGGUGCCCAGCACUAACUGUCCUACAUCAUUUGGUGACCCAGAUGGGAUGGUGGAGGUGAAGAUGGCUUUUCUGCCUUUCUUGUCUAGGGGUCUGGCUUUUCUGGGACAGUAGAGGACAACACUUCUCUUUUGUGUGACACAGGUGACUCUUUGCCUGCAGGUGAAGUGACUUACCCAGUGCCCUGGAGUGGCUGCCCCAGCACAAGGGAGCCCAGGAGGAACAGGAAGCAAGACUAGGGAACUUGGAGCACGGCCCGACUGAGCAGGAAAAGUUCCGAGUUGGUCCCUGGAUUCAUAACACCAGGCUCAAGCCCGCAGCUGUGGACUGAGUUGCUCUCCAGACCCUGCUGCAUCCCUGAAGCUGCCCAUCCAGAGGAAGGAAGCUCUGGAGAAGCUUGAGGAUCAGAAGGACAACAGCCCUGUUCUAGUCACUCCGCAAGCUGACUAGACUGCGCACGGUCGAAGCUCGAGAAGACCACAACCCUGCUUUGGCCACUCAGAGGCUGGCUGAUCAACACACAGAGGAAGAUAGACUUACCAUCAGGACAAAUAGACUCUUUCAGCUGCCAAGAUAGUUCUUAUACUGAAAUGCAUUGACACCCCUUACUUCUAUCCCUAUAUAUAGUUUUCUGCUUGGUUUUUGCUACAGGUUUGAUAACAGUGACUCCUACUGACUGGACUCUUGGUAACAAAAUUUUAUUUGUCCUUUUUUACCUUGCUUUAUAGGUUUACUCGGGUUUGUUUGGUGUUCUUAGUUUGGCUUUGUUAACUUACACUGUUUAGCCUAUCCUAACCAAAAUGUUGGUCUACCAUUUAGUUUGGUUUCCUUUGAUAAUCUUAGGAAGCUCUACCCCACUCCUGCCCCAAGAGUGGAAAUCAUGUGAACCAUGUGUCAAAUCAAUCUAUUAUAAUGAAGGGGUGAUUCAAACUAUAUAUUUAGGAUCUGCCCCACCAGAAAGAUGCUAUAAGAGGAUGACUGUUUGUCUCUGGGAAAGAAAAAGAGUCUACAUGGCUUGGAUUGAAUCCCAAUAUAAGGGGGAUAUAAUUUGCCCAGGGAAUUUCCCCCCUACCAAUGGAAUUUGGUAUUGCUGGCCGCUGGAUCCUCAGCCUCUGACAUGGGAAAACUUUAUAAAAAGUGAUUCAAGUUCGAUUGCUCUAAGACCCACCGUAAGUCCUAGCCCUGCUGCUAAACUAUAUGGGGGAUUAAGUCCAAAUCUCAACCUUCCUUCUUUGGGGAAAAAUCUCUUUCUGGACCUAGCAGAAAGAAUAGCUAAAAGCCUUGGGGUUAAAAACUGUUGGGUGUGUGGAGGGGCCCUGAUGAGUGAAGAAUGGCCCUGGACCGGAACAAGUCUAGAUGCUUACUCCUUACUACUGUGGAAUAAGACUCAUGUGGAACUAAAAAUUGAAAGGCCCCAGGGCUGGGUCCUCACUUCAGAAGUACUUGGUAAGGAAUGUAUUGGAAGAUUUGGACCUCACCACACCCAGUGGGUAGGUGAAACCCCGUGUAACAGAAUAUUGUUCUGGAAUUCCACCUGGUGGCCUAAAAAACCUACUUGGUUUUGGGCAGAUAAACCACAUUGGCUGGGGAUUAGGGGUCUUAUAUGCAAAAAGCCCUUAAAGAAAAGAGUUCUUUUUAACUGUACCAGUUCAGACACUAACCAAAUCAGUUCUUUUCGGAGCAUCCCUGAGAUCCACAAAUUCUGGAGCAAUCCAGCCUCCUCUAAUUGGAAAGCACCUGAUGGACUAUUUUGGAUCUGUGGAAAAAAGGCCUAUACCCACCUCCCAACAAACUGGAGGGGAACCUGCACUAUUGGUACUAUUAAACCUGGAUUUUUCCUAUUGCCAAAUACAACUGGAAAAGACCUAGGGAUCCCCUUGUAUGAGGACCUAGGGCCAAGGAAAAAGAGGUCCAUUGGGAAAGGACUUGAUCUAGGAGGUCAACAAACUUGGGCUGAGGAUGACUGGCCACCUCAGAGAAUUAUUGCCACUUAUGGUCCCGCUACCUGGGCACAGGAUGGCAGUUGGGGCUAUAGAACUCCUAUUUACAUGCUAAACAGGAUCAUUCGCCUACAAGCUGUACUAGAAAUUAUUACUAAUCAGACUGCCACAGCCUUUGACCUCCUAGCCACACAACAAACACAGAUGAGAGCAGCUAUCUAUCAAAACCGCUUGGCAUUAGAUUACCUACUGGCUGAGGAAGGGGGAGUGUGUGGAAAGUUCAACAGCUCAGACUGUUGCAUCCAAAUAGAUGACAAUGGACAGGCAGUCAAAGACAUAGCCAGCAACAUAAGAAAACUAGCACAUGUGCCAGUUCAAACCUGGAAGGGUUUUAAAGCUUGGGAUCCAAGCUCACUGUUUGGAGGAUGGUUUUCAACUCUUGGUGGAUUUAAAAGCUUAAUUGGUAUAGUAGGUCUUCUGCUAUUAACUUGUUUAUUGCUCCCAUGUUUGGCUCCCCUGUGCAUUAAAACUAUUGGGUCUACUAUGGAAGCAGCUAUUGAAAGAAGGACAACAAAUAAGAUUUUGGCAUUAUAUAAGACUUUAAGGCAAGAAGGUGAUAAUGAUGCUCUUUAAUUUAAAAAAUUAAAUUGUGGAGCACAAUAUUAAAGGGGGGGAUUGUUGUGACACCCCCCCUCCACUAAAAAUCUCAAUUAAGCUUCUCUAGAGACCCUCACCACAAUUGUUCUGUUUUUUUUUUUUUUUUCUCUUUUGUGGUGCUAGAGAUUGAACCCAGGGCCUUGUGCAUGUGCGGCAAGCACUUUACCAACUGAACUAUAUCCUCAGCCCACAAUUGUUCUUAUUAACAGAAUUGCAGCAAAAAUCUCUGUUAAAAAAUUCCAUACGGGUUAGGAAUUCCUAUUUUUUGUGAGGACAAAGUUGUUCUGUCUUGCAAAGCUAAGUUUGGCUGAAGACUUGAUGAUGUUACUUCUGCUUUUGUGAUAAACCUGUAAAACCUGUCUAAUCUAAAAAGAAAACUGGGACGAAAAACACUUUCUGUGAAUUAAAAUUUUAUGUAGAUUCCUACAAAUAUGUAAACCUCCAAGCCCCCACUCCCCACCCCCAACUGGGUAUGAAGUUCCAAGAAUUUCCAGACUCGGGGUCCAGAGGACUUUCUUGCACACGGGCCUCACUCUGAAUCACUGUAGCCAAUAAACCUGCUUCUUGCUGA